UCUCCGGGCGAUCGAUCGGUUUCGGUGUAUCGUUUUGUCGUCGUCGUCGUCGUCGUAGCCGCCGUCGCGAAUGUUUACAAACUUCAGGCAUCGGCGAAAAUCGGCGUGUGAAAACAUCGUCUAUCGUGGCUGAUCGCGAGUUUUGAAAAACUAAAGAAAAAACAAUUCGCAAUCGAUUUGUUGUGUUUACCGUCGUUCGAUGGGUCCGUGUUCUCUAGGGUGCGGAUCCCUUCGUGGGUGUGCCGCAACCACAGUCAAGCAAUUAAUGGGCUAAUGAGUCAUUCCGGAGUUGAGCAACUAGAAUGGGAUGCGCCGACGCGUGGGAUCUGAGCCGAAAUGUUCCAAACCGUGCACGUGGCCGUGGAUGUGUGUGGGUAAAGUGGGGGAUUAAAAAUAACGCGUGGUGCAGCAUCUUCGUCGACAACAACAACAACAAAAACAACUGCAUCGGUUCAAAUUUAUCUUUCAAGCUAGUGUAGUUUCGGUUAUUUCCAGGCAAUUUGUUUACAGUGAAAGUGGAACCAAGAAAAGUUGGUGCCGCAGCUAUGCACAACACGGGCACUCCACAUUUCCCGUGAGUGAAGGAAAAGUGCAGUAACUAUUCUCGUUUCGGGUGGCCGGCCAUUGGUCGGUUCGGAUUGUGAGUGAUUGAAUAAUUAUGUAUUGCGCGAAAGUUGUCCACAAGUAGUUAUUGUCGGAAGAAAGCUCUUUUAUUUAAUGAUUGUGAGUGGAAGCCUCAAUUAAGAUUAAGCCUAAGCAACAACAAAAGCAACGGAAAUAAAGCAAAAAAAGAGUGUGUUUACCUUUGGCAUCGUACGCGAAUGAGGUGGAAAAGCACCGAAGAGUUUUACAUAUUUCCAAAAAAGGCGGUAACGUCGACCGUAGCGCGGUGGGCAAUGUAGUACAAUGUCGGCCCUCCGCAAAUCAGCUUCGUUCCGAUCCCGGAUACCGGUGCGACGAAGUCGGAUUACGUCUCGGCGGUGCGUCAGCCCACAGCCGUCCAUGUCGACGGUAACCAGCACCGGGUCGAUCUACUGUGGCAGUGAGUAUGGUCCCGGUGAUGGGGCUGCCGAUGUCGGUCCCGGCAGUAGACAGUGGUACGAGCGGAGAUACUCGUCGAGCAGUUAUUCCAGCAGUGACGAAAGCCACGAGUCCGAGGUGCCACUCAAGCGGUUGCUCCAGCAAACGGUGCCGGCCGGUGCAGGUGAUGAUCGGGACCGAGUCCGAAACCACCUAACCAAUCUGAGUGUUUCAACCGAUGCCAUCAGCUUGGACGGGCUACUGGAUUGUGUCAGCAGCGGGAGCUUCUCCAGCCCGCCCUCGCCGAAGGGAACCAAACCACAUCCGGGAUCCAACAUCUACCAAAAUGACCCUCGUCAGCAGCAGGCGGAACAGCGGAACGAGGACCGCAAGCUUACCUCCAGUUUCGAUUCACUGGAAAAAUUGAACCUAGCUCUGGAAACGCUGAAAAUAACCGACACAUUUCACGCCGAGAAACAGGCAGUUAAUCAGUGCUAUGAAAAUUUCCUUGACGACAAGGAAGCUGACGAACGGCAGACGGAAGCCGACCUGCAGAAACAGCAAAAGCUAAGCGAUUGGUACUACAUCAAAACCCGUCCCAAGCACAAAAUGAACAAAGCUCCCGAUAGUCCGUGCGUGGAACGUCGGAAGCGUCGGAUUAUUAUGACAAAAGACCACCAAGCUCCAUCGCCGGCUAGCGCUGCAGCACCCAAUGCGGUGGAACGGCUAGUACCGCCGGCCGCUUCCACCACAUCCAGUGGUACCGCACGGCAAGGCCAAGUUCUGCUGACAAAAGUUUUAAUUGCCAGUAAAUAUUCCGCCGAAUUGAGUCGAGAAGCGAUUUUAGCUGGGCACAAUGAAAAUGAUUUCAGCUACACACGGCAACCGCCCGGCACAAAGUUGCCAAACAACGAUAAAUUGUCAUCCCCGGUUUUGGAUGGUAGAAUUUCCCGUGGCAUCGGUUGCGGAAACAGCGGCAACCACGAGCUUCCUCCCCUAAAACCCACCGCGACCCGAUUCGGUGUUUGUCAGAGGCCAUGCUCACCGCCUACCGCAAUGGUAAUAAACGACAGAGAACUGUCACCCCCGGCCAUGAACAAAUGUUUUAACAUUAUAAAGCGCACUGCGCGACCCGGGCAGCAACGAUCCUGGGACCUAGACAACAACAGACAGACGAAGAAUGCUGUUGCAUUAUCGGUUGGUGACAGUCGACCGCUCGAUGUCACCAGUUCCAAUAGCGGUUUCGAGCCGAAUCCGGAUUCAAUGGUUCACAGUCGAUCGGAUCGAUUUUCCCCUUACUGCCAGCGCAAGCAAAUGCAGCCUCACCUCCACGGGGUAUCGGCAGUUAAAUCAAAACAGAAUAUUUAUGAAAAUUUUCCACCGAAUCCAACCCAUUCACCACUUCUGGUGUCACGAAUUGAAAUGGGUCAGCAACGGGUUGGUGGCGUCACCGAUGUUAAUCUUUGCCAUGCUGUCGACAAUUUUCCCGACAGUCUCAAGCAGUCGAACUUUCCGCAACCGUACGGUGUCGAGGACGCGGAAGUGUUUCAACUGAAGAACGCCGUAAACCGGCCACUUCCCAGAAUACCGGGAUCUCCGCUAGCGCCCAUGGCAACCGCUCCGGUAGCCGCACCGGCAGCGUCAAUGGCAACCAUCGAGUAUGACGAGGACAAUACUCACAGCAAAAGUUCUCUGACGAGGUGCUACCCAACGAAAACUAACCAGAAUCAUCAGCAGCACCAAAUUACAACACCAACUUCCUACCGGACUGAGUACGAACUAUCCGGUUCGUAUAUAUCUCUUGAGUGCCCGUCGCCACCUGGACCGCCAGCAUGCCUAACGUCGGACAGCCGGCGAGACCCACAAGCUCGACUGUCUCGCUACCUGAAGACACUGUACACCGAACUAGCCCUCAAGGAACCGGUGCUACCAACCUGGGUGCAACCGGUAGCUCCUGGUGUCCUGUGCCCGGCCCGGUUGGAACCCGAAUUAAGACUGCACAUCCAUUCGCAUGGUUUGAAUGAAUGUAUUGCGGUGGACCAGAUUCUUUCCGCCGUUCAAACAAAGGAUGGACCAUUUCUGGAAGCCCCUCGUCGGGUUCUCAUCGAAUGUCCCCCCUGGGUCACGCGUAGUGCCCUGGCUCUCCGGAUUUUGUUCGCCUGGAGUCGUGAACCGCCAUGGCCUCCACGAGGCCAACCUGUAGCAUUAGCUCUUUUUAUACCAUUAAACGAAAUUAAGGGAUCGUUAGCACAUUACGUAGGCAAGGAACUGCUACCUCGCGGUUCACCGAGUCCAUUCGCAUCUGGUUUCGGUGGUUUCAGUGCCGCCUGGAGUACCCUUGAAUCACUGAAAAGUAAACUGCUCAUAGUGUUGGAUGGUUACGAUGUACAGAGUAAAUCUCGGAAGAGCAAGUCCUUACAAAAAGAUAUCACUGAUUUGUUAGAGGGAAGAUUAUUUCCAGAAGCACGAGUUAUUCUAAUCAGCGUUACAUCGUCGUGUGGCGAACUACUUCCGUUGAUGCAACGGCAUGUGACAUUCGAAGGUAUUGCCUGGGGUCGGUCCGUUUCUCUACUCGGUGGUGGACAGUGGGGUGCUCCAUCCAGACUUGUCGAUUGUGUUCAAAACUGUCGUCAUCUUAGAAACAUAGCUAGAACUUCACUAGGCUGUUUGGCUAUUGCAGCGAUCUAUGGAUCUAACGGAGGCGACUUGUUGACGGACGAAAUUGAUGUAAUUGCUUCUGUAUUCAACUGUGUUGCAGCGAAUUCUUCACAUACCCAAGUGACAGAGCUAGGAAGGUUAGCAUUAUUCUGUCUGAAAACUAAACGUUCCACUGUCACUUCAGCUGAACUGAAAAUGUACUGUUCAUCACCGGAAACCAACAUUAUCGGAUGUUUGGAUAAGGCACCACUAUUUGGAAGAACUGCAAAGAGAAAAUCCGAGUUUCUCUAUACAACCAUCUGCCCAGGAAUUGCUGAAUUUUUAGCAGCCAACUACUUGGUAUCAUUAGCCAGUCGUCCAGGAUUACUAGCUGCAGAAGUAGCAGGACUUGCAAUUGGAGAUGAAGUCGAACAAGAGAUUCUUAAAGUUCUCACAUAUGCAAUGUCACUGUUGGGAUCUCGUGCACAUUUGCUUCUGUCAAAACUAACCCCACUUUGGCUAAGCCCUCAGACUAUCUUUUCUUUGGCACUUGCUGGCGGAGAAACUGAAGCCAACCUUACUGCUCUUUGCGAAAUCUUAGGUAUUUCAAAGUCUCCUCCGAUACCGCCAUUGGAAGCGAAACCCAUUUGGGUUCAAAUAAAAUCGGCACCUGCCGAGUUACAAGGCUGGGGUCUUGCGCUCAAAAGUCCCACGUGUACGCUAAAAAAUCUAGAACUAGUCUAUCAAAUCGAGAAAAAUAUGCUGUUGGAGUCCCGAAACGUUAUGGAUAUCUUCCUAGACGCCUUGUCGAAGAACGAGAGCGUUACAACACUUCGAAUUACUUCAUUGAUCGAAAAUGAAGUCCGGGAUUCAGACAUUAACUAUUUGGCUACUUGCAUAUCGAAAGCUAUACUGAAACCAAGAUUGGAAAGCUUUGAACUGAUCCUCACGUUAUUGGAAGAAGAUCCUCCCAUCCUCAAAUUACAAUCCGUAGUGACAGGCCUUUGUAGAUCAAUCCCACGGCAGCCCAAGCUCAGUAAUCUAAUGCUGGAUCUUGGACUGUGCACCUCACAAUUAGUUCAGAUUUGUUCCAUGUUGGAAAAAUGCCCACACGUAACGCGUCUCUCAUUCCCGCAUCUUCGUUGCGAGCGCGGCGCCGUUGGUGCUCUAGCUAGCUUACUGACUGCGCGUCCCCUGUCAUACCUAGCCCUCGCGUCUAGUUGGGGUGCCCGCGAUGAUCCACCUUCUUCCAGUGGUGUUAGCAUGGGUUCAGGCUCCGGUAGCAGCUCUGGAAACUCUGGCCUUAUUAAGCAAUCCUCACUGACAGGAGCUCCAUCACCACGUUCCUAUCCAACCGGUAUAUUUUCAUCACUGCCCCGAGGAGUCCUUAACUCCACUUCAAACAUGGGUCGUUCGGCAACACUGCCACGUCAACCAAUGGAAGGCCCACCGGAUAAGCGAAGCACCGAUUCUGUUAUUUCACGAACCUGGUAUCCUACACCAGCUUGCGAUGGUGGUCCGCACAAUUCUGGAACGCUUCACGAGCUGCUAUUGGCAGCACGAGAUUCCUAUUCACGUCUUCACGGUCUCGACCUCAGCAAAGCUCAACUUUCUUUAGAGGAUUCCAUGUGUUUAGGAGAAACUGUACGCGUCUCCACUACCCUUCACUCAAUCAAACUGGAGGGUGCAUCCAGGUUAAGUGAAAUUCUACCAACUGUUUUAGGUGCCAGCGAAUCCCCUAGCUUACAAAUGCUCAGCCUCGGAUCACCCCGAAUCGCCCUGGAAGAUGCCGCCGUUGGAAUGUCAGCACGUGCCUUGGGUAGUUGCAUUACACUUAGACUGCUUAGCUUAGAUGGCUGGAGUUUCAGGAUAGAUAAUAUCGGCACGCUGGCUUCAGUUCGUGGUUUCCUAUCACUCACUUCGAUCCGCGAGUUAGGACUCAACAAUUGCCGGAUGAAUUUGUCUAUGUUCAAAAGUGAUCUUGCUAUGACCAACGCUGCUUAUGAGUGCCGGUCGGUGGUUAAUCUCAAGAUGGCGAACGCUCAGGUCAUUUUCGCCGACCACGUUUCGAUGAAAGGACCCCAUAUACUACCAUAUCUAACUGGUUUCGUAAAUCUUCGGGAGUUGGAUCUAUCCGGUCCGGCUCGUACCGGACUAGGCAGCAGUUCGUCAACUCCAUUGAUACUUUCCGACAAAGAUAUCAUCAGUUUCUUCACAACACUCAAUGCUAGCUUUUGUUCCCUCAACACAUUAAAAAUCUGCAACUGGAUCAUACAUCUGGAUGAUGCUCCGCGCACAUUGAAAGUAAUAUCGAAAUUAUUCAAAUCUAGCCCUAUCAGCCACAUCAAACUCGACGGCAUAAUCGUGCUCGAUCGACCAAAGAAACAGCGGAUCGAGUCGCUUUUUAUGCAUGCUCUGUUGGGAUCUUUGCCUCAGCUACGCUGGAUGGGAAUUACGGUUACCGGACUCAGCGAGGCACAGAUUACUGCCAUCGGAACAUAUUGUGCAGACAUUCGUGGAUCGGAAAUCGAUGUGAGACUGUGCGAUUCAACGAUCGAAAAUGCAAGAAUUAUGACACAUUCGCUCGGAUUAGAUGGGAAAUUUGAUAUACGGGUGUCAACGUUCGGCACGUCUAACAGUAUCCUGAUUCACAUUGAGAAAACCUCCACCAAGAGUCUUUCCCGUAAGUAAAUGGAAUUGUUCGGGCCUUCAUUCGUCGAAUAGGAACCCAGUGCUUAACAUUAUGAGGACUCGCUGAUCUCGGAAAACUGGAAACAUGGUCUGCCUAAUGAAGGACAACGGUACAAAGGAUUGCUUUCACAAAAUAGGAAAAAGAGUGGGAAACUCACAAAGUGUUCGGCUCUGCGAUGGACAGUGGCGAGUAACACGGACGCUACUCAUAUAUUGCUACUACUUGCUAGAACUAUCGAUGUAUUUUAACAUAUUUAUGACAACUAUUUAUCAUUGAACGAUGGAAAAAUUACUUCUGCACUCUUUUUUUAGCCAGUAUUAUUUCAGCCUUAUUAGUAAUUUCCCGCAAACUUCAUUUAGAUCUGGGAUGCCCAUUUUUUCGUCGAAGUUAUGUUUCACUGCGUUGUUCUUUAUGUUCAACUCCCCGAGUGUCGUUAACAACACUGCACCUAAAAAUGUUCUUACUGCACAAAAGCUUCUUGAAAUUUUAUCUUUCGUCUUGUGUUGAAAUUUAUGAAAAAUUCUUUUAAAGGGUGUUACGGUUAAAAAUUGGUAAACUUGAUGAUUGCCAAUAUUUUGCUACUGUGCACGUGUUUUUUUUUGGCACCGUUUUUUUUUUUCAUCAUGUGAAGAUGUCGAACCUUUAUUCAUUGAAUAGGAACACAGAGAUUCGUUCCAUUCUUUCUAGCUUUCGACAAACCUUCUCCAAAAUUUUUAUUACGUUGUUGGCAUGCGGGUAUUUGGAGUUUAAGCAAUGCUCAAUCAAAAUUUUGACCCGUUGGAACGAUGCCCCUUUCACAAGGCAAGAUUUGAAACCUUUUAGUAUUUACACUAUAUUGUGACAGAUCUUUGCUUUUGAUCCGUAUUACAGUAGUAACGUGAAGGUAUUUAGAGUACAAGAGUUCGUGAGUUCGAGUCAUUGUGCUAGCAUUCUUGUUACAGCUUAUUCCUAUUUUAUUGUAUGAUAUCUACAAAACAAACAUGUGAACAUCUCGAAACUUAAAAAUUUAGAAAGGAUGGGCAUCUCAUUUACGAAAAGAUUAUUUAAAGGCGCGCAGAUGAAACCAACUUUCUAUUGGUAUAAUAAUUGUGGGCACCAAACAUAUACUUCCAAUAUAUUUUCACUUCUGGAAUUUCCUCUAAAUGGCAUAACAUUCUCGAAUAAAUUUUGAUGUGGACCCAUCAACAAACUGUCACAAUCCACUUAAGAACAGAUUUCAUAUGAAUUGAUAAAAUGCAUCUCUAGAAAGAAAAAGGAAAACUUUCCUCUAUCCCUCAACCGUUUAUGCUCAUUUUUAGUCCUAGGUCUGCUAUUUUUACACCAAGUCUUAUCUAUACUUUGUGUGUACAUAUAAAGCAGAUGUAGAGCAUUGUUGUCUUCUAUCUGCAUUGUACACGCAUGUAAAGCGAAUAUAGGACUGGUUGAUUGCUUGGGAAUAGCUAGCCUAACCACUUAAGUGAGUCUUGACAGUAGGCUUAUGCGCUCAUAUCAUGAAUUAAUCGAAUAUUAAAGAUGACAAUAUUGAAAUUUAGAAAGUUAUAUAUGCAAACAACCAGACACUGAAAUCAUUAAAAUCAUAUUCUAAAAUUGGGAGGAUUCUCCAGAUUUUGGCGAACAUCCACUGAUUAUAACUUUUCCUACAGAGAAGCAGAAAACAAAUUGAACUGACUAAAAACAAACAACAUCUGUGCUGAAAGUAGGUCACUGGAGAGAAGAAAUAGAUCAAAUGUACAGUGCAGCAUAAGGCACAACACUGUUAGAUGUAUGUGUUCGUGCACUUACUGCAAAUGUUCGUGUUCCGCAUUAUUAUGUUUGUUGCACUUUAAACAAAGCGAAACCCCUGAACAAUGAACAGGCGUAUAGGAUAAUAGAUAUUUUAUGUAAAACAUAAAAAUAUAUUUUGAGAUUGAAGAGAUAUUUUAGUAAUCGAAAAAUUUGGACAUGGGAAGCACAAAAUUCAACGGUUAUUAUUUAUUGCUUAUAUGAGAAGAUAGCCGCAAACAAAUAAUGUUGAUGUAUGGAUUCGAAAUCCGUUCAAUAUUUGUUAACACUUGGUUCAGUACACAGCCGCAAAAAUUUGGCUUCGUAAUUUUAUUGACCCAAUCUCCUAGAUGUAUAAAAAAAUAAAUAAUAUUUUACACGAGAGAUCAUUGAAAAAGAACAUUUGAAAUCGUAUAGGUUUUUUAUUGUUUAAGUAUAUGUAUAAAGUGGAGUUGCAUUUUUUGCAAUUACUAAUCCUAUAUCGGGUAGGCCAUACGUGCAAAUUUGUUGAAUGAAAUACUAUUUAUUGGAACGGUAGAAAAAGUUACAAGAAAAUCAAAGCUAAGCUGCUAACGAAAAAUAUUAAAAAACAGUGUAAUCAAUGUAGUGUGUUUAUAACUGAAAGUAAUUGAACUCAAAGCAAACCUGUUGACAGUGUAUCUUAAUUUUUAAAUUAAUGAACACAUUUUGCAGUAACGCUAAGAAAUAAUAAUUAUACUAACAUUGUAAUGGUUAUGUACGCCUAAUGAUGUAACUCAAUAUAAAGUUAAUGCGAUAAGAAUGACGAAACUAACAAAAUGUAAGAAAUUAAAGUAGGAUUCCGAUCACUACAUAUACACGUCUUUUAGCAAAAUUUGAUAACAAUAUUGGACGAGAAUGUAGCAAACAGAACGGAAAAAUUCGGUGAUUAAAAUAUCUUGUCGAAAACAUUUUAGAGAGAGAGAAUUAGAAAAUUAUCAACCAGCAGCACUGGUAAAAUACUAAACUUUGAAAAAAGUACGCAGUGUUUUUGGUGUUGAUUAAUUAAAAAAAACGUGUGGAAUUAAGCAAAACUGAAUGUGAAUCUUGUCCCCAUUAUACUGUAAUAAAUUUUUCGCCGAUUGUUUGACACCAUUGCAAACAUCACUAAAAAUGCCGUUCAUGGUAAUCUGAAGUGAAAAUUGAAAAUCUCCGUUGAAACAAAUGACUUUGAAAUAAAAGUUGAUGAGAAAUUUACAA